AUGGGCAGCAAUUUUUUGUCUGGUUUACAGGCAUUGUAUGAUCUGGCCAACAAAGCCAAUCGCUCAUCAGAAGUACAACCAUGCGUGGAGAAAAUCGACAACUAUCUUCUGUACCAGUAUUCACUGAUCCCAUCUAUUUUAAUGUGCUGUCUGUUUGGAGUCAGCAUUACCCGACGGCAGAUGUUUCGAUCUAAACUUGGAGGACGGCCUGGUCUAAUAUACCCCAUGGAUACACUGACCAGAGCCCAUAGUCUUUCGUACGCGUGUGCGUUUGGGGCCACCAGCUUCGUGGUGUAUCGGAUCCUCGCUAAAGGAGAGUUUGCCAUUCAGUAUUCUGGACCGUUAUCAUUAGGAACCCUUAUUGCCAUAGUUUCCAUGUUCAUCUACGGGAUCGUCUACUUUCCCGUGUUCGCAUCCUUGGCACUAGGAACAUCCCUGUCGUAUGGCUUGGGAGCUACCUAUGUUUGGAUGUUCUUUGUUAUUGAUAUCUACUCAUUGACCGAGUGUCAUCUGAGUGCGAAGUAUCGGCUAAUAGCAGUUGUUCGAGAUAUUCCAAACAUCGUCCUGCCUGGCAUACCUGGGCAUCAGUUUACCUGUUCGAUGUGCCCUGGCUGUUCGUCAUAG